AUGAAAAACGAUAAUAAUUUAAAUGAUAUUGAUCUCACUGAUCAAGAAUUAACAACUUUUUUAGAAAAUAAAUCUUACGAGCAAAAUCCAAUAGUUCAGGAAAACGCUAAAACUUUUCUUUCUUACCAAGGUUACGAUAAAUUAUACGGAUUAGAUGUAAGCGAGCCCUUGGAAGAAAGAAAAUAUGACCACGAACAAAUUUCAUCCGAAAUGAUGAAUUCUUUGAGCCCUAACACCUCACCUGGAAUUGGUCAAACUUUCAUUUCCGUAAAUCACGGAAUUGCCAGAACUCUCGAUAACUUAGACGCACAAUUAGAAGAUCAUAGUGAAGUUAAAAAUAUUUUAAUCGAAGUCGCUAACCAAUCUUUAAUAGAAGCCAUUGCUUCGAACACUACUGAAAUGUCCCACAACGAUUCUAGAAAUGAUCUUUUAUAAAUUAAUCCGAAAUAACGAUUAAUCAUUUGUUUUAGUGCAUACUUGAAUAACCAAAACGACAAUAUUUGA